CGCCAUCUGCGAACUGGCUUGCUCUACAAAAGAAACUGAAACCGGGCACAAAUAGUGCAUUUCUUGGAUCCCGGAAGAGGCGAAAAAUUACUCAUGGCCACGCGCGCGAGAUGUCUACAACUUCGAGCGUGAGCGAAGUCCUAGCAAAAGCACUCGAAACGGACGCCCACUUCCCUCGCGGCAUUGAGCCACCAGUUGCGUCGACGUCUGCUGUCAAAAUAGGACUGAAGGAUACAGGAGAGUCCAAGAAUGGCGAGUCGGUGGAUGCGCUGCGAAAGUUGAUAUUGGGAGAGCUGGCAGCAGUUCCAAGAAAGAUAGGUGCAAAGGUGUACGUUGCCAUCGACUGCGAGAUGGUCGGUCUUGGUAUUAAAGGCUCAGAAUCGUCUCUUGCGCGUGUCUCUAUCAUCGAUUUCAAUGGUGUAGUGGAGUUGGACGAGAUUGUCCAGCAAAAGGAGCGAGUCGUUGACUACCGAACAAAGUGGAGUGGCAUUCGGCCAGAAGAUAUGACCAGAGCCAAACCGUUUCGAGAAGUACAAAACCGAGUUGCCGCGCUGAUUGAAGGCAAAGUACUUGUCGGGCAUGCGGUUCAUAAUGAUCUCAAGGCGCUUCUUCUAUCUCACCCCCACUACCUCACAAGAGAUACCCAAGUUCUCGCUGCCAAGCACAACGUGGUCAAGAGCAAAAGGCCUUCACUUCGUCAUUUGGUCGAGCAUGAAUUCGGGAUCGCGAUCCAAGAGGGUGAACACUCGUCUGUCAUCGACGCAAGAGCGACCAUGGCUAUAUUUCGAUUACACCGCAAGGUAUGGGAGAGUAGUAACACGGCAGCGUUCAUGCGCAAAAAUUUGCUGAACCUGUUCCCUGUCUCCCCUGCCGAGGCGAAGACGCUGGCGGUUGAAGCAAAAGCGAAUGACGUUACGUCUCAAGGUGUGGAAGACGGCACCUACGUACGGAAGCGUCAAGCAGAAAUCCACAGCCCAGCUUCGGCAAAGGAGAUUCUCCAAACCAAGGUUCGCGCGCGAGCUCCUUCAUUUCCCCGCGGAGGGCGAAAGGGCAUCAGCUCCGGUCUGGCAACGGUCACCAAACGUAGGGACCCGAAGUCGGCAUGGUGGAAAGAGCUCAAGUAACCGUCGUGAUCGUCAUACAUUUGUUAAACUCUUCAUAUCUACUGUUUACUGCUAUUCGUGCCGCUUGGUUUAAGGAGAUGAACCCCCAUUCACACGGAAGCCACUGUGCUUCGAGCUUGUUGAUUGUCGUUGGAUACU